AUGGCCGACGAAAUAAGACCAUCAGAAAUUUCUUUCACGAUCAAGCAUACGUUCCGGUUUUGCAUGGCAAUCGAAACCGACGAAGAUCGACGGAAACCGACGAAGACCGACGGAAACCAACGAAAACCUACGGAAACCAACGAAGACCGACGGAAACCGACGAAAACCUACGGAAACCAACGAAAACCUACGAAAACCGAUGAAGAUCGACGAAAACCAACGAAAACCUACGGAAACCGCCGAGAACCGACAGAAACUAACGAAGAUCGACGAAAACCAACGAAAACCUACGGAAACCUCCGAGAACCUACGGAAACGAACGAAAACCUACGAAAACCGGCAGAAACUAACGAAAACCGACGGAAACCGACGAAAACCUACGAAAGCCAACGAAGACCGACGGAAAUCGACGAAGACCGACGAAAACCGACGAAGAUCGACGGAAACCAAUGA